AUGUCACCCAUCACGCAAUACCUAGGCCUUGCAUGCCUCAUCACAAGCAUAACCGCCAACCCGAUCAAAUCCUUCGACUCAGGUUUCAAACACGACCUCCAAUCACCAAUGCCGACACCGACCGUGGAAUUCCUACCCAGACCAAACAUCAAUGCCACGCCUUCACCCGUGCAUACGCCAUCUUCACCCAUCACAUUCGCCCCCGUCACCUACGCAUCCGACCUGAAACGCGACGUAACCUCCAUACCCAACCUCGUCCCGACCUCCCCGGUCGACCUCGCCACCGACACAACCGGCACCCGUACCAUCUCCCCCUUAUUCAUGCCCACCAAAAUCGCCACCAUCGGUUCCGCAGUCACGACUGCCGGAUGCGAGGUCAGCAUCGUCGAUUACGAGUACGUGACUUCCUGCUCUGAUGUCAAUGGUGCGCUGUCGACGACUGCGGCUGGUGUGGUGCUAGGCGAGUUGGAGACGACGGUGGGGAUUGGGUGGUGUUGUGGUGGGGAGGAGGAUCUGCAUGCUUGGGCCAGCGGAGUGGACGUGCACCUUGGGGAGUACGACGUACGUUGGCGUUACGACUGCUACGGCUACGCUUGGAUGAAGUUGUUGUUGUUGUUGGGUGUGGAGGUGGAGGUGGAGGUGGAGGUGGUGCUGGAGAUCAGAGUGUGGCGGAUGGGUGAGGGUGGAGGCGGGGGAAGGUUAUCAGAAGGCAAUGCAUGA